CAGAAAUAUAAAACUUCAGAUCUUUUUGGCAAGCGUGAGUUAUUUGCCACCCAUGGAGAAUUCUGGAGUCGUUAAACGGACUAACGGUCAUCUUGGGGUCACCCAGCCAAUCUCAUGGAGUGGGCCGACAGAGUAUGAUCUCAUCAAGACAGGGGAGCUAGAGAAGUAUCUUGAGGGUGCUGGGUUGUAUGAAAGCCGGGAAGAAGCAGUUUGCAGAGAAGAGGUUUUGGGAAAAUUGGAUCAGAUUGUGAAGCUUUGGAUUAAGAAAGUUAGUAAGGCCAACGGAUUCAAUGAGCAAUUUGUCCAAGAGGCAAAUGCAAAGAUAUUUACUUUCGGAUCUUACCGACUUGGGGUGCACGGGCCUGGAGCGGAUAUAGACAUUUUGUGUGUGGGUCCACGAUAUGCUACAAGAGAAGAAGAUUUCUUCAUACAACUACAUAACAUGUUGUUUGAGAUGCCAGAAGUGACAGAACUGCACCCUAUUCCUGAUGCUUAUGUCCCUGUAAUGAAGUUUAAGCUCAAUGGAGUUUCCAUAGAUCUUCUAUAUGCUAAACUACCGCUUUGGGUCAUUCCUGAAGACCUAGAUAUCUCACACGACUCAACAUUACAAAAUGCUGAUGAGCAGACUAUUCGCAGUUUGAAUGGGAGUAGAGUCACUGAUCAAAUAUUACGCUUGGUGCCAAAUAUUCAUAAUUUUCGCACAACUUUGCUUUGCAUGAGGUUUUGGGCAAAACGUCGCGGAGUAUAUUCGAAUGUUGCAGGAUUUCUUGGUGGUAUAAAUUGGGCAAUACUCGUGGCUCGCAUUUGCCAACUAUACCCAAAUGCAAAGCCAAGCAUGUUGGUAUCACGUUUUUUCCGUGUCUACGCCCAGUGGAGAUGGCCAGCCCCUAUCUUGCUUUGUAAGAUUCAAGAGGGCACUCUUGGAUAUCCUAUCUGGGAUCCAAAGAGAAACUUCAGAGACAGACUUCACCAGAUGCCCAUAAUUACACCUGCAUAUCCUUGUAUGAACUCCAGCUAUAAUGUAUCAUCGAGUACAUUACACGUUAUGAUGGAAGAAUUUCAGCGUGGAGAUCAAAUAUCUAAGGCAAUGGAGGCUGGCAAAGCUGACUGGGAUCGUCUGUUUGAGCCUUAUCCCUUUUUUGAAGCCUACAAAAAUUAUCUGGAGAUCGAUAUAACUGCUGAAAAUGAUUCGGACCUUCGGAAUUGGAAAGGUUGGGUGGAAUCCCGUCUCCGAACAUUGACUCUCAAGAUCGAAAAGCACACUUUUGGCAUGCUUCAGUGUCACCCUUGUCCGCGUGAAUUUUUGGACAAAUCUAGACCUUUUCAUUGCUGUUACUUCAUGGGCCUUCAGAGAAAAAAAGGAGUACCAGUACCGGAAGGCGGCGGCCGACAAUUUGACAUAAGAGUAACUGUGGAAGAGUUCAAGCAUUCGGUCAGCAUGUAUACUAAGCGGAAACCAGGAAUGGAGAUUCGAGUUAGCCACUUAAAAGGAAGAAAUGUUCCAUCAUUCGUAUGGCCUUCUUGUCCUUCCAAAGUAGUUUCUAGAGGGAGGACCUCAGUUAGAGUCCGGGCCGUAAAGGCUGUUGAGGCAUCGGCUAAAAUGGCAGACAGAUUUACUGACAUGCAACAAUUGGAUGAAGGCACUUCUACUGAAUCCACUAGAUCAAAAAGGAGAAAGAUCUUGUAUGAUAGAACAGAGGAGAAUGGUACUCAAGAAGGAAUUUGUAGCGGCAGUAACAUUUACAUACAGGAUGGAGGUACCAUUGCACCUCCUUCUACUCCUCCCACAAAAGAAGUUAUCGCAAAUGCUGCUGGUUGCUCUGUGGAACCUUCUCACACCGGUAAAACAGUGAGCCAAGUAAGAACGCCCAGCGGCAGUUAUACGCAAAAUGGAGGAGCUGAAGAACUUGCUGAUCUAUCUUUGGUGUGGGCUCCUGUUAAGACCACCAAUAACCAACGCAGGCCCUUAAGGGUGCGGUUAUCUACUGUGUUUAGAUCUAGUGGACAAACAUAG